GAUCCGUUCAGUUGCAAACGUCAGCCGGCAUGAUUCGCCAUUUACGGUGUUUAUUGCGUGACUCUCUAAAACGAUGCUGCUACGGAUUGCAAUUAGAAAAUGAUGUGGUAGUCACAGUGAAUCAGUAGCGGUGGCAGUCGACAGCAGAAGAACGAAAAGUGGUGGUGCCAUGUCUUGAUCUUGCCACAAGAACAACCGAGCCGCUGGUCGUUGGUGGUAGCCAAGGCAGAUUCCUCUUUUGUUCUUCGUCUUUGUAUCUUAUCUUAUCUUAUCUUAUCUUAUCCGAUCCGUUCAUUUCAUUGAAGGUGUUCCACAAUGGCCACAGAAGUCGAUCGCCACACGCUGGCUUCGAGCAGCACCACAGCUGCUCCUCGUAGUCUUCACUCUGCUGCAGUGUAUACUGCACCUGCAACCAUGGCUAAGAAUCCGCUCCGACCAGCAGUCGAAAUUGUUGAGGACCGUGUUUACUACAUGGCCACCAAGAGCCGGCCCACUCAGGAUGCGUCCUUUCGAAGAGACGCCAAAGGCCAAAAGAAACAAAUACAUUACUACUCCAUCGACAAUGAACUCGUGUACUGGAAUUUCUUCCUAGACUUUGGACCUCUCAACCUUGGUCAACUCUACCGAUUCUGCACCAAACUCAAUCAGAAACUUCAAAACCUUCCCAAUCACAUCAUAUGCUUCUAUUCCAGCACCGCUCCCGCCAAAAGAGCAAACGCUGUCUGCCUCAUUGGAUGCUGGCAAAUCUUGUAUCUUCAGCGGACUCCAGAACAGGCACUCAAUGGAUUUCGAUUGGCGUCCAGUGUGGCGUUCCCCGUCCCUCCGGCCGAAAAUUCAAGUGCCCCGCCUCUCUCACGAAGGGCGAACCCAACCAUCAGUCCACUUCCUCCCUUUCAUGAUGCAUCUCCCUGUGCGUGUACAUACGAAUUGACCGUCUGGGAUUGCCUCAAGGGAUUGGACAAGGCACACAGAUAUGGAUUCUUUGAUUUUCAAGACUUUGAUGUCGAAGAAUACGAACAUUUUGAACAAGUCGAGAACGGAGAUUUGAAUUGGAUCGUCUACGGAAAAAUCUUGGCAUUCGCGGGACCUAGCUACGAAAGACGGGUUUCUCCGGAAGGCUACUGUACUUUGGCUCCUUCGGAUUACAUACCAUACUUCAAAAAGAAACACGUUUCACUCGUUGUCCGCUUGAAUCGAAAGGCGUACCACGAAGAAGACUUUCAAAAGGCUGGGAUUAAUCAUCUCGAACAAUUCUACGUCGAUGGCAGUUGUCCACCCAUGAAGAUCCUGGAUCGAGUGGUUGAAGGAUUCGAAAGCGUCCCUGUGGGAGAAGCCUUUGCCGUACACUGCAAGGCUGGGUUGGGUCGAACAGGAACCUGUAUCGGGGCGUACUUGAUGAAACACUACCGUUUCACGGCCUCGGAAGUCAUUGCAUGGAUGAGAAUCUGUCGGCCAGGAUGUGUCAUUGGCCCGCAACAACAGUUCUUGAAGGAAAUUGAACAACGCAUGUGGCAGCUAGGUGCUGUCGAAGGAAGCCUGGAAAGCGGAAAACAAAUCUGCUCCAAAUUGACAACAUCCUUCAACUGCAUUAGCGGUGGUGCCGGUAUCAUGCCAUGCCAAGACGAUGUCGAUGGUUCCGGUCGCGUCGUCAAUGUUGACGACGAAGCAGUCGUGGGACGGGCAGGACAAGCCGAUGGAUUAUUGAGUGCGCGAACACGCAAUCGCAAUGGCAGUGGCAAGUCGAGAAGGAGUGCUCCACCCACUCCCGAGACGGCCAAACCAAAAUCGAAGCAGCAUCACAAUCAUCACCAGCAGCAGCAGCCCGUCAUGGUGACGCCGGAUCCUCCCGGCAAAUCGAAGUGCGAUGGAACUCGUUGGUACAUUUGAGUUCUGGGUGGGAUCAUAACUUGAAAGGGUGCUUUUCUUUGCUUGUUUCCACGCCCCACAACAAUGCUCAACGUUUUUGCCGGCUGCGAUUACCAAUGUGCAUAGCGAGCGAUGAAAUGAAGUUGUAGUUUCACAAAUUUCUUUGUAAAAAGACUUCGGAGAACGAAUUGUGCAAACGACAGCCAUUCGAAUGAAUAUUUGGCGCAGCGUUGUGUGUUUCAAGUUUGUGGGCAUAACGUCGUGUCACGUCAACUGCAAUAGAUGGAAGGAGGCAGGUCCCCGGAGGACCGAUAGACAAGAUGUUCGCUACAUUCCUGGUUUAAAAGUCUUAAAAAAGAGCUAAUUGGACAAGUUGUAAGUUGAAGCUACCAGAUGACCU